GCUCCGUGUCGAUGUCAUUUCCGUUGUCAGGGUGAAGGGUCACGCGUGGGUUCCGGUCAGGGUUCUGCGGCCGGGGAUGUUGUGCGGGAGGUCGGUCCGGGCGGCGUCCGCCCUCCGAGCGGCCUGGGCCCGGCGGCUCAGUGGGCCAGGGGGCCGCGGGUCGGCGGCCGAGCGAGAUAGCAAGACUUCAAAAGUUCAAGAAAAUGCACUCCGCCCUCUGUACUUGGAUUUCCAGGCAACAACACCAAUGGAUCCGCGAGUGUUGGAUGCAAUGCUCCCUUAUCAGGUCAACUAUUAUGGUAACCCUCAUUCAAGAACACAUGCAUAUGGCUGGGAGAGUGAAGCAGCUAUGGAGAAAGCGAGAAAGCAAACAGCUGCUGUGAUAGGAGCAGACGAGAGAGAAAUUAUCUUCACCAGUGGUGCUACAGAGUCGAACAACAUCGCCAUCAAGGGUGUUGCAAGGUUUUACAAAGCCAGAAAGAAGCACAUCAUCACAACUCAGACAGAGCACAAAUGUGUACUCGAUUCUUGCCGUAUGCUUGAGACUGAGGGUUUUCAAGUUACCUAUCUGCCAGUGAAGACAAAUGGGCUGAUUGAUUUGGAGGAAUUGGAGAAAGCAAUUCGACCAGAUACUAGUGUGGUGUCAAUAAUGACUGUGAACAAUGAAAUUGGGAUAAAGCAACCAAUUGAAGAUAUAGGUCACAUUUGCCAAGCCCACAAGGUGUUUUUCCAUACGGAUGCUGCACAAGCUGUUGGGAAAAUUCCCAUCGAUGUGAACAAAAUGAAGAUUGAUCUGUUGUCUAUCAGUGGUCACAAAAUCUAUGGACCAAAAGGCGUAGGUGCGUUGUACGUCCGACGCCGCCCCCGGGUGCGACUGGAAGCCUUGCAGAGCGGUGGGGGGCAGGAACGGGGCCUGCGUUCGGGUACAGUUCCAACUCCUCUGGUGGUUGGGCUUGGGGCAGCGUGUGAAAUAGGACUGCAGGAGAUGGAGCUCGAUCACAAGCAUGUGUCCAAGAUGGCCAACCGCUUGGUGACGAAGAUAAUGAAUGCGAUCCCUGAUGUCAUUCUCAAUGGAGACCCUGAGAAGAGGUACCCAGGCUGUAUUAACCUCUCUUUUGCAUAUGUGGAAGGAGAGAGUCUUCUGAUGGCUUUGAAAGACAUAGCUCUCUCAUCUGGAAGUGCAUGUACGUCGGCCUCUCUGGAGCCUUCCUAUGUCCUGCGAGCUAUUGGGGCUGAUGAAGACUUGGCACACUCUUCAAUCAGGUUUGGUAUUGGGCGUUUCACUACAGAGGAGGAGGUAGACCACACAGCAGAGAGGUGCAUCCAGCAGGUGCAGAAGUUGAGGGAAAUGAGCCCACUCUGGGAAAUGGUGCAGGAGGGCAUAGACCUGAAGAAUAUUCAAUGGUCUCAGCAUUAGAGCAUUCCAGAGGAAAAUGGCUGCUGGGAAGGACUUUUAUCAUGGUCAGCGACUGUAAAGUGACCACCAGUGGGACUCUGCAUGCUGUCAUCUGCAGAAUGGGUAGAUCAACCCAAGUGAAUUGGUGUGUCUCGUGAGUUGGUGUUUUACAGUAAAUGUGAAUUCUAUCCCCUUGGUGAACUCAAACCUUCAGCUAUUGGCAAACUUUGUAAACUCUGGCUAUUGAAAGAAUAUAUAAUUGGAUAUGAUUGACCUUUUAACCAAUCUUCAUGGAUAUUAAAUGAAAGGCUGCUGCUGAACACUGGUACCUGGUGGGUAUCAACUAGCCUGUAGAGGGGUCUAUGCAAUUGCUCUAUUUAAUGCAAUACCUAGUGUGAUAUCAAUCAGGGUGAUCCCAGAUAAAAGAAAACAAAAGUCCUGUCAUCUUGUAAUCUUGAUACCUUGCUGGGGGAGUAGUUUCAUGUGGCAGAUGGUUUCAUCCCAUCGGAAGAGCAAAGUUAGAUGGCGCUCCUGUGCAGCACACUUAUACAGUUUCUUGCCUUUCAAUUAAAGAUGAUUGGUUGGCUACACUUGUAAUCUGCUCAGAUCUUUGUCUGGCUUUACUCCAGAGCUGGGUACCUGGGUGUGGUCCCAGAGCAAUGCUGUCACACCUGAAUACCUAAAGUUGGAAUUUGAGGGUGAGAGAGAAGAGACAAUAAGUGAAUGUCCUGUAGUUUUGUGCGGGACGAACUAACCGAGUGCUCUGAAUCUCCCUUCUUGGGAGCGAUGGUGCACAUUGCAACUGCAAAUAAUUUCAGAUCGUGAGUAAAAACUGUUGUACAUUAUUGACUUGAAUAUAAAGUACUUGACUGUAUUUGCAUCACAUUAGCCUCAAUUUUUUUCCAGUCCCAAACUUGUUCAGAAGCUAGGUUUGUCCUAAUCUAUCACUGGGGGGGAGUGACAUUCACCAAACUCAAUCAGGAAACUUACAAGUGAGGAGUCACAAUAGGGAUUGUCGAGAGAAAUAAGUCUGGGAAGGAGAAAGCUAGGUGACGUAGCAUGAGAGGAGAUGGUGAGCUGUAUCAGCAUCUGUGGAAAAUACUUCGCUUCAGGCACUGUUCAUUGUCCAGCAGAAACUUUUUGGGGAAUCUGGGGGUUGUGAAGCUGCCAUACUUCAGGGGCAGGUGAGGUCCAACCCUCUAUCAAAUCUGCCUGUUAAUAGAGAUACCCAGGUAAGGAACAUCUGAGCGACGUUUAUCUACACCAAUAAAUAGGAAAAGUCUGAUCUGUGGCUUCACAAUGGUUGACAAGGGAAUGCCUCUCGCCCACUUGAAACUACAAAGGACAGACAUAUUGAUGGCUGCGUUCUUUGUUACACUGGUGAAAACAUUCCUUUAUUUUCAUUUUCAAAUUGUUCCAUUUUUCAGGUCUUGAUUUGUACAUCAAAGUUUGGAGAUGACUCUGUCUAAAUUGGCACACACCAAACUGUGUGUGUGAAAAUAAGUGUGCACUUGUAGGCAGAGGAGCAUCCCUCAGUGGCAAAAUCCCUUUUUGCAGAAGUUCGGAAGCCGAAAGCUCUCGGCUCUGUACGGCGACAGUCGCCUGGGCUCUCUGCACUGAAGCCUGGUCGAAGGACUUGAACUUGGGAACCUUGCUCCUCGAGCUGGAUUUGGGUCUGGAUCUAUUCCUGAAGGCAUAGCCUCCCAAUCUCCCUUCCCCUUUUUCUACUAUUUUAUCUUCAAUAUAAAGUGCCCCUAGAGAGAGACCGAAACCUGACUUUUAAUGAAUGUUGCUUCCAGCCAACUGAGCUGCAACUUUUGGAGAUCUAGGAAGUGAUCUUAUCAAAGUCAGAGGACUGUAAAGAGCUGUGAGACUUUUCAAAAGGGAUGAAGGGUACCAUAGAAGUCUAAGUCCCUUCCCAGGAUAAUUGUGCCGAGAAAGAAACCCUAGCACUGCGUGCGCGAUACCAAUUGACCCAAACUGCUCGAGUUUCACUUGCCCAUUUGUUAGAACUAUUUCCAUAUUCGAUAUCUCCUUACAAAUUGGACUCGGGUCGAAAUAUUCGUCAGUUGUACUUUCUAUGCUAGUUCACACCACAAUCCCAUCUCACCACUAAUUUUCCCUGUAAUCUUUUCUUGCAUUCCCAUUGAUUCCCCAGGAUUCUGCACACUAGAGCAAUGUAGUGACCAAUUGUACCAGCCCACAUGCUUCUGACUUGAUCAGAAUUCGAUGUCGGAAAUGUUUUUGUGAAGAGUGCCUGGUCUUCAUGUUUUUGCACAGUAAAUUCCUACUUGCUCUGGUUUUAUUCACUUGCUACUGAAGUGGAACUGAAGGGUGUCCAAAUUAAGUCAUUCGCAACAGCAGUGAAUGACCAUUUGAAAAGAAAACAGCCAGACCCUGUGCUUUGCUCCAGCACAAUCCAUUGAACUGAGAAUGUAGAAUCUUCUUGCGUGCUGUCUCUUGAUAUCUGUUUAACUGCCAAAAGUGAUCUUUCUGCAGCCUUCAGCUCUGGAGUUUCAUCUGUGACAAUCUGUUGAGGUCUGGGCCACACUCCAGACCUGCUGAUGAUCGGGAGGGAAUGAGGAUAUAAUAAAUCAGGCCAAGGAUUUUCCCAUCUUUAGGUGGUGACCAUGAGGGUAGUCAGGAAGUUGCACUGGAAUGUUUACUUUCUAUGUAUUGCAUCAUUUGGACUAAAUAAUACGCACAAUUUAUACUUUCUUUUGUGUCUAAACCUAUUUUGGGGUUCCCUGGGCCCAUGGUAGGUAUAUAUCUGCUGCUUUAUGCAAUGAGUUGUACUUUAAGCAUUGGUAAGGUUUGGUAACAUAAUGUACAAGGCCUGUCAUAUUAAAGAGGUUGCAUAGCCUUGUGCUAUAGCUGUUGUUUAGAGCAGAUGUCUCUAAAUACUGUUACUCCAAUGUGGAGGCUGUAAAUGUGUUUAGUAAAUAAAAGUCAUUCCUUCUCUAAG